AUGCGCAGUUUAUUUUCUACAUCGUUUUCUUCCACGAACUGGGACCAAGCCCCCACCGUUGGUGGCGACGUUGGCGAAACUAGUCUUAUGGAUUGUAUGCAAAGAAUCGACACUUCUGGUGUAGAGAAACUCGUCAACGCAGAGAGCGCUGAAAUCAGCCAAGCAAUGAAAGUGUUGCGUACAUUGAAACAACAACAGACCAGAGGGGAAGGAUGUGAUAUCGUUCUGCAAGUGUCAGACAAAGAAUACAAGGCACAUACAGCGGUGCUCGUAGCCAGCAGUCCCUAUUUUGAAGCGCUGCUCCGAAGUGGUAUGAAGGAAUCAGUGGAAAACAGAGUGGAGUUGCACGGUAUUAGCAAUGUAGCAAUGGAGAUUGUUUUACAAUACAUGUACUCUGGGUGUAUAGAUGUAGAUUUGUUCAACGCACUUGAAGUUCUAGUUGCCGCGGAUUUAUUUCUUAUGACAUCUCUUAAAUCCAUGAAUGAACAUUUUCUUAGCAACAACAUUGACACUGAGAACUGUUUGUUCCUUCGUGCACUCUCACAACGGUUUCAUCUGGCCAUCUUAUUGAUGAACUGCAACAAAUUUUUGCAGAAGAGAGAAAAUCUGAAAGAAAUAGUUAGCGGGGAAGAAAUUCUUGACUUGGGUUUUGAUCACUUUCACGAUAUUAUCACAUGUGAUGUAGUUUCCGUUACAGUGGACAACGAGGAAGCGUUAUUUGAGCUGAUUGUAAAAUGGACAGAAUUUAAUAGACAAAGCAGAGAGGACCACUUCCCGGCGUUGUUGUCAUCGAUACGUCUUCCGCUGAUGGAGAAAGAGUAUUUCCUCAAUAAAGUAGAAAGGCAAGAGCUCGUCAAAAAGUUCCCGUCCUGUGCAGAGUAUGUACAAGAAACACUGCGGUACUGGGUAAGCCCUGGGAGGAAAACUUCUCUUGACAAUUCAUUGCUCCAACAUCGCCUUGGUCGUAUGGUUGAUGUAAUAUUACUUUGUGGCGGGAGGGAUUGCAGAGAUCGAGUGCGACGUGACGUAGUUGCGUACGUCAUUGAUUACGAUGCCUGGGCAGUGCUAACUCCAUUGCCGACUUUUAUGUCAUCCCACGCAGCGGUCACAUUGGACGAAAAGGUCUAUGUAGGUGGAGCUUUGGGGACAGUAACAAAUUCGAAGUUAUUUUGUUUUGAUCCGGUUAAAAAUACAUGGAAUUCACUCCCACCAAUGCACUAUCUUCGGGACAACUUUACUCUCUGUGCAUGCGCUGGAAAGUUAUACGCCAUAGGUGGGAAAGUUCGCAAAAACUUAUUGCAGUCGGAUGAAUGUAUUGCCGUGGCAACGGUCGAAAGAUUUGAUCCUAUUACUCAUGGAUGGGAUGUUGUAGGAUCGAUGGGGACACCUCGAUCAUUCGCAAAGGCUGUUUCGAUCAACGACAAAUACAUCUACGUGUCCGGGGGAGAACCAUCCCAUAAUUCCACACCCUUCUCUGUUGAAUAUUACAUGUGUAAUGAAGAUAAAUGGAUGCCACUUAAGAGAAUCAACCAACAGCGAAAUGGUCUUAGCCCACCACCAUUGCUGAACCUUGGAGAUCAGCUGUACAUUGCCUAUUUGAAUGGCGAGAAUACAAAACUCAGCCCUUACCAGGACUGGAAAGUCGAUAAAACCAUUCCCAAAUUACCGAUUUUCGGAACAAACGGCACCGUUUGUCGCCACGAGAGUGCCGUGUGUUCGUUAGAUUCCGGGGGUAUAUUUGUAUGCGGUGGGUGGAAUGAUAACCUAGGCCGCGAUGUUUUUAACCAAAAAUUCGCCUAUAUUUGGAAUCCUGCCAGUGGAAGUAAUAAGUGGCAGAAACUUAGCCCUCCUCCAACCAGUGGUGUUGACAGCGCUAUUCGUCUAAGUGAUCACAACUUGGAAGUUGAACUUUGGAGAAAGAGUAUUCCGAAAUUUGAAGCUAAGACUACAUUUCUGCAGACUAUGCAGAAAAUGUGA